AUGGCCGAGGUGCAAGGCGAUGCUGCCCCCGGGGCGCGUGUCCUCAGCGCGUCGGAGCAGAAGCAGGCGGCCGAGAUGAUCCAGCGCAACUAUCGUGGCUACAGAGAGCGACGACAGCUGCAGGGCAUGGGCUUGGAUGCCAGUGCACGCUGGGCAGAGGCUCUACGCGACGCCAAAUGGCACAACACGACACUCCCGAAGUCACGCUCAGAACAACUGUUAGCACGCGGGGAAGCCAGCAGUCCCGAAGAAAGAAAACGAGCCAAUUCGAUUGCAGCACGCCAAACAUGGAAACGAGUGGGCGAAAUAGCAAGACGGGCAGGCGCUGACGACCCUCACAACGAGUCAGAAUCAGACCAAGAGCAUGGGCCUGAAGACUGGACAGAGCAGCGAAGGAAGUCGGGGGAAAGACGGGCUCAGCGAGAGAAGUCUGCUAAGAUGAUGGACCUGCAAUACUUCCUGGAAAUGGUAGACCACAAGCACCGUUAUGGCAGCAAUCUACGCGCAUACCAUGACGAAUGGAAGAGGUCAGAAACACGGGAAAACUUCUUCCAUUGGCUGGACAAGGGCGAAGGGCGGAACUUUGAGCACCCCACCGUGUCGAGAGAAAGGCUGGACAAGGAGCGCGUCCGCUAUCUCUCACGAGAAGAGCGACUGAACUACCUUGUUACGAUUGACAAGGAAGGCCGAUUAUGUUGGGCGAAGAAUGGCGAACGCAUCAGCAGUACCACGGAUUACAAGGAUAGCGUAAAUGGUAUAGUACCCGUUGAUGACCCCACGCCCGCAUUCGGACCCAACGGGAAUAUGCUGGGUGGGCAAAGCAAGACGAUCAAGAGAACUUCCAUGUCCUCCCGGUCAAGCUCAUCGGGUGACGAAAGCCAUGUGGAGGCAGAGCAUUACGUCAAUGAGGAUCUGGACAAAGCCAAAGGUCUGGCCAAGAUCAAGCAUGUAUCAGCAGCCACCAUUCUCAAUCAUCUGCUGCGGGGCUCGGUGAAGCCAAACUCAUGGAUCUUUGUCGCUGAUACCUCGUUUCGGCUUUACAUUGGUAUCAAACAGUCGGGCGCCUUUCAACAUAGUUCGUUCCUGCAAGGGGCGCGCAUAUCAGCUGCGGGCUUGAUCAAGAUCAAGGAUGGUCAACUUCGCCAACUGUCUCCGCUCUCGGGCCAUUAUCGCCCGCCGUCCAAGAACUUCCGCGCAUUUGUGCACUCUCUCAAUGAAAACGGGGUCGACAUGUCGCGUGUAUCCAUCUCCCGCUCCUACGCGGUCCUCGUCGGUCUCGAAGCCUACGUCAAGACGCGGCGAAAGUUCAAACACGGCAUCGGCCACGCCAAAGAAAUGGAAACCAAGGUCGUGCACCCCGAAGAACACGAGCGCAAAGUUGAAGAGCAAAAAGACAAAAGCGAAAGUGCACAGCGCGAGCGCCAGAUCCUCGCCCAAGAAGCAGAGAGACGGGAAGCCGAGAAGAAGGAACGGAGCCUCUCUCGUCGGAUAUGGAGAAAAGUCAGCCGCAGUGGCACAAUUGACAAGGAGAGGGACGGACUGACGCCAAAGCAGCUUGAGGACGCCAAGGAGCAGAAGAGGAAGAAGGUGUUGAGUAAGCCAGGCGAGGAUGUGGAAUCGUCCAUACCACCCGAGGGGACGCGGGAUGAGAUGGAUCCAAAGGAUCAGCCUACGUGA